CUCUGCGCUCCAGCACCGGCUGACACAUGAACGCCCGGUCCGCUCCAUCACUGCUCUGCCCAGACCUGCACGUCUAAGAGGCUCCACGGCGAGACAAGGGUUAUAUGCUACAGGUGCCUUCGGUCGCCUCCCACUGUGAAACCCUCUCGGAAGCCCACUUGGAGGCCCGUCUGCAGCAACCUUUGAAGGUCCUGGGUGUGAAGUCGGUCAGUCGUGGGCCGUACGAGAUGAAGACAUGCGCUCUGUUUCUGGCAGCUUUGCUGCUGCCCAGCAUUCAGGCAGUGUGUCCAGAUAAGGAGCCAGGACUGCAGCCAUGGACACCCGGCCACAGUGAGGACCACCGUGUCACCAUCGGCUAUGGCAGGAAGGUCCUGCUCACAUCUUCAGCUACUGUCCACUCCAUUGAGAUCCUCAAUGGAGGAAAGCUGGUGAUUGCUGACACCAGCCGGCCCAUCCUGCUUCGAACCAAACACAUCCUGAUUGGAAACAAAGGCGAGCUGCACAUUGGAAGCCCAGCUUGUCCAUAUCAAGGCAACCUCACCAUCUCCUUGUUUGGAAGAUCUGAUGACAGUGAUCCGGAGCACAGCUACUUUGGCCGAAAGUACAUUGGUGUAGGAACGGGAGGGACCCUGGAGAUCCAUGGCAGGAAGAAGCUGUCAUGGACUUUCCUGAACAAGACCCUCCACCCUGGAGAGAGCAACCAGAACAGCUACCUGUUCCAGAGAGGCUGGGGAAACCGGGGGAUCAUCGUCCACAUCAUCAACCCCAAGACUGGAGAGGUGCUCCACGAUGACAGGUUUGACACGUACCGCAGUAAGGACGAGAGUCGCCGCCUGGCCCAGUAUGUGGACAAUGUGGAAGCGGGGCUCAUAUUAGCCAUGGUGGUCAACGAUGAGGGUUCAAACAACCUGGAGGAUUCAGCCAAGAAGAGCCUCUCCAGGCUGGGCAGCCAGCACGUCACCCGCCUGGGCUUUCGGCACCCCUGGAGUUUCAUCGUCGUGAAAGGUGACUCUUCUUCUGCGGUGGAGGACCACGCCGUCUAUCAAGGGACCAAGGCUUCCUCGGAGGCUCGCAGCUCUCGCGUUUUUCAGUCGAGUUACGGGGAACAUUUCACCAUCACCACCAGCAGCCAGUGGGUGCAAGAGGCAGAAUGGACGGAGUGGUUCGACAGGGAUGACGAGAGGGGAUCUGGAGACUGGGAGAAGCUGGCCGACCUGCAUAAGGCCUAUCCUGACCGGCUAUGUAGCAGCCCUUUGGACAUCCAGGCUGAGACCCAUGAUGGCAUCCCAUCCAACCUGACAGGAGAUGUUUUCCACAAAAAUGAUAAGGACUAUGGUUUUGUCUGUCUCAAUAAGGACCAGAGCCACGGCCUCUGUCACAACUACAGGGUCCGCUUUCUGUGUGGCAAACUAGUUCGUCCACAGGCCUCCAUCUCCAUUGACAUGCUAUCCAACAGCAGCAUCCUGGAGCUGGCCGAACAAGCCGAGGGCUGGGGGGCCGGGGACCGAGUGGUGGUGGCCAGCACCGACUACUCCAUGCACCAGGCUGAGGAGUUCACCCUGCUGCCCUGCCCUACCUGCACACCCACCCAGGUCAAAGUCCAAGGUUUAGCAGAGUUCAUCCAUAUGGGCGAGGAGGUGGACGGGGUGGAUGUGCGAGCUGAGGUGGGCCUGCUGAGUCGCAACAUCCUGCUUCGCGGUGAGAUGGAGCCAAACUGCUACGGCAACGAGGCCUGCAAGUUCUUUGACUUUGACACUUUCGGGGGGCAUUUGAAGGUGGAGCGGGGCUUCAGGGCAGUCCAUAUAUCCGGGGUGGAGCUGAAGCACAUGGGCCAGCAGUCGAUGGGCCACUACCCGGUCCACUUCCAUAUGAACGGAGACGUGGACGAGAGGGGAGGCUACAAUCCCCCUUCCUUUGUCAGCAACCUGUCCAUCCACCACUCUUUCUCCCGCUGUCUCACCAUCCACGGCUCCAACGGUCUGCUGGUAAAGGAUGUGGUGGGCUACGACACACUGGGCCACUGUUUCUUCACAGAGGACGGUCCAGAGGAGAGGAACACCUUCGACCACUGCCUGGGUCUGAUGGUGCGAGCCGGGACCUUGCUACCUUCAGACAGGGAUAGCAAGAUGUGCCGGGACAUCACCGAUGGAGCCUACCCGGGAUAUGUGGCCAACCCGCGCCAGGACUGCAGCGCAACUUCCACUUUCUGGAUCGCCAACCCCAAUAACAACCUCAUCAACUGUGCGGCUGCAGGCUCAGAGGAAACAGGCUUCUGGUUCAUUUUCCACCAUGUGCCCACUGGCCCCUCAGAGGGGAUGUACUCCCCCGGACACACUGAGCACACUCCUAUGGGCCAGUUCAUCAACAACAGAGCCCACUCCAACUACAGGGCUGGAAUGAUCCUUGAUAAUGGAGUGAAGACCACAAAGGCCAAUGACAAGGACAAGAGGCCUUUCCUAUCUCUAGUUGGAUCAAGAUAUGGCCCCCACCAAGACGCUGACCCCUUCAAACCCCGAGUUCCUGCUCUCAUUCACCACUUUAUAGCCUACAAGAACCAGGACCACGGAGCUUGGCUGCGAGGGGGGGAUGUCUGGCUGGACGACUGCCAAUUUGCUGAUAAUGGCAUUGGCCUCACUCUGGCAAGUGGAGGGACGUUCCCCGAUGACGACGGGUCUCGUCAGGAGGUGAAAAACUCUCUGUUUGUGGGUGAAAGUGGCAACCGAGGGAUGCCUGUUCCCGACAGCCGCAUCUGGGGGCCUGGGGGCACCGAUCACACCAGCAGGACCCUGCCCCGUGGCGUUGAUUUCCCUAUCCGAGGCAUGCAGAUCUACGACGGGCCCAUCAACGUGCAGAACUGUACCUUUCGAAAGUACGUGGCUCUGGAUGGACGGCACACCAGCGCCUUCGGUUUCAGGCUCAACAACUCCUGGCAGAGCUGCCCCAACAACAACGUCACAGACAUCACGUUUGACAAUGUGCCGAUUACGUCCCGGGUGUUUUUUGGGGAGCCGGGUGCUUGGUUCAACAACAUGCAGAUGGACGGAGACAAGACAACUGUCUUCCAUGACAUUGACGGCUCGGUCAGCGAGUACCCUGGAGCCUUCCUGGUCAAAGAGGACAACUGGCUGCUGCGGCACCCCGACUGCAUCGACGUGCCCGACUGGAGGGCUGCCAUCUGCAGCGGCCACUAUGCACAGAUCUACAUCCAGACGCGUAACCCAGCCAACCUGAAUAUGCACAUGGUGAGGGAUGAGUACCCUGACCGGCCUCUGACACUAGAGGGCGCCCUGGGGAAGAGGAAGCACUACCAGCAGUUUCAGCCAGUGAUCACUCUGUCCAAGGGCUACACCAUCCACUGGGACCAGGCGGCUCCUGCUGAGGUCACCAUCUGGCUCAUCAACUUCCACAAAAAUGACUGGAUCAAUGUGGGCAUCUGCUACCCACAAGGCACCUCCUUCAUCAUCAUUUCUGACAUCCACAACCGCCUGGCCAAACAGACCCGCAAAACCGGCGUAUUCAUGAGGACGAUGCAAAGAGAGAAGGUCAACCACUCCAACCUGGCUAGAGGCUACUAUUACUGGGAAGAAGAUACAGGCCUUCUGUUCCUGAAGGUCACAGCCCACAACGAGCGGGAGCAGUACGCCUUCUGCUCCGUCAAAGGCUGUGAGAGAGUCAAGAUCACAGCGGUCAUUCCUAAGGGCAGUCCGCCCAGCGACUGUAUGGCCCGGGCCUAUCCUAAACACUCUGAGAUGCCCGUCGUGGAUGUACCCAUGCCCAGGAAGCUGCCCAAUGCCAGGCUGCACACACCUGAACACUUCCUGGAGGUCAAACUGGAGUCCUACAACACUCGCUUCUUCCACAUCAAAGAGGACUUUGCCUACACUGAGGUGAACGGCAAGAAGCUGUACCAGCCAGAGGACGGGGUGCAGCUGACAGUAAUCGAUGGGCAUGAUGGGAAGGUGGUGGAAAGCAAAGGCUUCAGGAACUCCAUAUUACAGGGCAUCCCUGCACAGAUAGAAAACUACAUCAGUGGACUGAAAGAGGGCUCCAUUGUCAUCAUGACUUCUAAGGGGCGCCUGGUGACCCGAGGACCCUGGACUAACGUCAUGGAGAGACUUGGAGCAGGCAAAAAUAUCAAACUGAAAGAUAAGCUGGCGUUUGUGGGCUUCAAGGGCUCCUUCCACCCCGACUGGGUCCGUCUGGAGGUGGACGACGACAGAGCCAAGAUCCAUCAGGUCCUGCCCAUCCCCGUGGUCCACAAGAUGAAGCUAUGAAGGCCAGGAGGACAGCCAAGAGACUCUAGCCCCCAUGUACUGUACUGGCACACGUACCCCCCGACAAACACACACACACACACUCACACACACACACACACACACUGCCAGCACUGCAGAGUCAGUUGCUCCAAGCCAUUGGUCCAGGAUCAAGUGGAUUUUUUUUAGAUGGUGAGAAAGACUGAUGUGAUGGGUGUGUUGACGAGGGGAAGACCUCGACCCAGAGCCGGCACCGCCCAACAUGAACUGAGUGUCGGGCUCUCAGGUGGACAACACCUCCCCUGGUGGCCAUACUGGAGGUCCUCAGCUCUGGGGCAACCGCUGCUUGUGUCUGUGUGUCCGGCGUUGCCCCCUCAACACAGUCCAGCAGACAUGGUUGAUUUCUGUGAUUUCUAUGCUUUUUUGCUGGCUAACCAUAUCCGGUCAGCUAACCAUAACUUUGGAUACAUGUCUGUAGUCACUAGUAGCUGCACGAUAUUAACAUUAGCAUCAGCUGCUUUGGCUGGCAGCUGAUGGUAACAUUAACAUCAGCUGCUUUGGUCAGUUAGCCCAAACCAAAUGUUUAGUUUGGUUCACUUGUCUUAACUCUUAACUCUUGUCAAGCCACACCUUGUAUUUUGGAGGCUAAAGGCGGUUAGUUCACCAUGUUACACUUAGAAACAAAGCUACCUAAUCAGAUUAUUUACUCUUAGUUGUAAUUAACAUGAUUUUUUUUUUUUUUUUUUUUUUAUCUAGCCACACCACAACAAUGUUUUCUAGGUAUCUCUUUUUGUGGCCUGGUUGUUGUAUACUUUAGCUUACUCUCCACUGGACCUCCAUGAUGGCGCCAGCUGUGACUGAUAAAAAGAUUGCGAUGCAACUGCAAAGCCUCUGUAGGAGAAGAUGGGAAGAAAGACUACGAAAGUGUGGGCCAGUCAAUCCAACGCGCGCAUAUCUGCACCGCCAAGCAUCCCUCCCAUGCAGGUGUCUGUGUUACGUGACAAAACGUGGACGUUUGAGUGGUUUCGACCGUACUGCUUCGUUUGACUAAACUCGUCGUUCAAAGAGAGAAAAAGAGAAGAAGAGGAAAAAAAACACAAAAAGAGAACAUUCCUCGUUUCCUUGCACCCCGCCCGGUGGUUGUUAACGUGCUCCGUUUCAUUCCCGUAGAGCUCCGAGCGCUUUAGCUCACUUGAUAUUGUGAUGUUUUUCAUAUUCUCAUUUGUUUCAUAUCAGUGUUUGUGGUCCAUCUGUCUGUGUUUUGGAGUGUACCAGCGAGAAGCCCUUAAAAAAAACAAAAGAUAACUUGGCAAUGGUUAAAUUAUCCGCUGAAAAUGUGAAAAUCAGGGAAUUUUUAAAGGUGCAAUUUACCCCAGGUCAAAAUUGAGGAGAAGAAUUCGUUCAAAUCUGGCAAGAAAAAGGUUGCGUUCCCUUUGCCGAAAUAGCUGGUCUUUUUUCGGAGGUUGUAGCAGUUUAGUGUUUUGUAAGUUUAAUGUGUUUUUAAGAAUCCACAGAUUGAUAACAGAGAUAUAUUUUAUACUUAUUUAUUGUACAGACACAACUGAUCAAAAUCUAGAAGGGACAUCUUUUGAGUUGUAAUGUAUUCCUGUCCUGUAUACUGUAUGUAAGAAUCCAUAUAGCUUCAUUUCAAAAGAAUUAAGCCGGACACUCACUGCACACGAGCAUAUGACUCUUGGUAUAGUUGAUGAGUUGUUUAACCGUACACCAAAUGGAUGUGUUGUAUAUGUGGCUUGGGCUUGUAAAGUGAUGAAACCCCAUGACCCCUUUGAAUCUCUUUGAAGAUUUUUGUACAGAAAUAAAUGAUGAUGAAUGAAUAAAUGAGCAU